UGCCGCGGCGGAGGAGAAGGUCCGGGGUGAGCCGCGAAGCCAGGCCAGGCCAGGCCAGGCCAGGCCAGGCCGAGCCGAGCCGAGCCGAGCCGAGCCGAGCCAGGCGUCAUUUAAACGAAAUAACGGACGCAGCUAGCUUGUCGGCGCGCUCGUCCCGAGGCCAGUUAGCAGGGAUGGCGCUCCGACGAUAAACAAACAAAAUGGCGUCGAGGCAGCUGAGUGGGACACGGCCAUUACCCGGAUGUUGACCAAUUCACCCCAGAGGAACUUAGAGGACAGUCUUCGCCCUCAGAAUAACGUCGGUGAGGAGCUCCAUGGGGAGCUCCGGCGGGUCCCUGAUCGGCCUCAGUGGCAGCCGUCGGGUGUCAGCUGCGAGGGCUGGCAGUGUGUACGGUGGAGCGGGAGGCUCUGAUGUCCGCAUCUCCUCCGCCUACAUGGGUGGAGGCUUCAGCGGUGGCCACUCAUCCUCCCUGCUCUACAUGGACAACAGUGUCAUCGGCAAUGAGAAGUUCACCAUGCAGAACCUGAACGACCGCCUGGCCACCUACCUGGGCAAGGUGCACUCCCUGGAGAAGGCCAACGCCGCGCUGGAGCUGAAGAUCAGGCAGUAUUUGGAGAGCAAGAUCGGCCCCAAAACCAGGGACUACAGUGCCUUCUUCGUCACCAUCUCUGACAUCACUGCCAAGAUCCAGAACGCGGUCAAGAUGAAUGGAGCCAUCCACCUGAACAUCGACAACGCCCGCCUGGCUGCAGACGAUUUCAGGACCAAGUUCGAUAACGAGCUGGCCAUGCGUCAGUCGGUGGAGGCCGACUGCGGCGGGCUGAGGAGAGUCCUGGACGAGCUGACUCUGGCCAGGACCGACCUGGAGAUGCAGAUCGAAGGGCUGAGGGAGGAACUGAUCUACCUCAAGAAGAACCACGAGGAGGACCUGCUGGCCAUGCGAGCUCAGAUGAGCGGUCAGGUGAACGUGGAGGUGGACGCCGCUCCUCAGCAGGACCUCACCAAAGUCAUGGAGGAGAUCAGAGAGCACUACGAGGGGGUCGCCACCAAGAACCGCAAGGAACUGGAGUCCUGGUUCCAGGCCAAGACGGAGGCUCUGAACAAAGAGGUGAUCACUCAGACGACCACCCUGCAGACGUCCAGGACAGAGGUCACAGAGGUCAAACGUACGCUGCAGACUCUGGAGAUCGAGCUGCAGUCCAUGUUGGGCAUGAAAGCGUCACUGGAGGGGACUCUAGCUGAGACUCAGAACCGCUACGCCAUGCAGCUCUCCACAUACCAGAUACAGGUGUCGUCCAUGGAGGAGCAGCUGAUGCAGCUGAGGGCCGAAAUGGAGCGCAUAGAAAGCGAGUACAAUAUCCUGCUGGACAUCAAGACCAGACUGGAGAUGGAGAUUGUCGAGUACAGGAGGCUGCUGGACGGAGAGGCCAACAGCAGCAUCAGCGCGUCCUCCUCCACGAGCACUAGGACCAAGCGGGUGGUGACGGUGGUGGAGCAGGUGGUUGAUGGGAAGGUGGUCUCCUCCUCCUCCUCCUACGGGACCCUCUGAGCCGCCGCACCGGACCACAGCCAAUCACCUCCGUCAUUGUUCACUGGAGAAUAAUAAAACAGUCCAAAGAAAGA